GUAGAACCCAGUCUUUGAGGAAGUGAAGCAAAGGGUUUAACAUUUCACUAAUGUCGCAUUCAAGCUGCUACAUAACAUCAGCAUAAACUGUAGAAGAGACUGAAAGGUGUGCCAAUGGUAUGGCAUGCUAACAUCUACACAACCAAUAUUAAAGGGAAAAGUCUACAGUUUCAUCAUUUCAUUUUGAUUACUCAUCAUAAAACAUUUCACAUUUAAAUUAACCAAAGUUAUGACAGAAAAGUAAGAAGACAAAAGAGAAAACAUGUCAGCUCAGAGCACGGGACAAAUCACAGUGGCGCAGAAAAGUUACCUAUUAUCUAGCUCCGACAAAACACUCUCUAGCCUAAGAAUUCUAAUACUUGGGAGUCGACAACUUGGGGGAAUAGAAGCAAGUGAAAAAAGUUCAGCUGGAAACAUCAUUUUGGGGAGAAAUGCUUUUGAUGUUGGUAGAAGAACUGCAAAGUGUGUUCAAGCUGCAGGAGACGUACAGGGAAGACAUCUGACUGUUGUUGACACACCAAGCUGGCACUAUAACAGUUCUCUUGAAAAGACAUCAGAGCUGGACAAACUAGAGAUUGAAUACAGCGUAUGUCUAUGUCACCCUGGUCCACAUGUUAUUCUAUUAACUGUUCCCGUUGACACAAUAUUCAACAAGUCUUAUCAAACCUCUGUCGAAGAACAUUUGAGUCUUCUUGGGAAGAAGGUCUGGAAUCACACAAUCGUGCUGUUUACCAAUGGAGACUGGCUUGGUGAUACAAGCAUUGAGGAACGUGUUGAAAACAAGGGAAAACAUUUGCAGUGGCUUAUUAGAAAGUGUGGGAACAGAUAUCAUGUCUUUAACUGUAAGCAGCACACUGACAACACACAAGUCCUGGAACUACUUGUAAAAAUUGAGGAAAUGGUGAUGGAAAACAAUGGUUGUCAUUUUGUACCAGAAACAGGCAGUAAUCCGUCCACAGAACUUGAGUUUAAGAUGAAAAUUGCCAAAAGAAACAUGAUGAAAGUGAGACGGCAAAGAGAUAUCCUUCAAGAACUCCUAAAGGAAAGGAACUACGCUCUCUCAGAUGUGAGGAUUGUGCUUCUUGGAGGAGGAAGGGUCGGAAAAAGCACGUCAGGAAACAUUAUUCUGCAAGGGCAUUUUUUUGAGAAGACCCCUGAAGAGGAUUUUAUUAUCAACACAAGAACAGUCCAAUGUGUGAUGAAACAAGGGCAAAUUGAAGGAUGUCAGGUUUCAGUGGUUGACACACCAGGAUGGUCCACAUCAACUCUAGAAAAUGAAAACGAAGUCUUACAUAGUCUGACAGUAUGUUCUCCAGGUCCUCAUGUAUUUCUGCUAGUGUUACCUGUUCAUGAAUCCUUUACAAAAAGAUCACAACAAACAGUAAAGGAGCUCAUGAGCCUAUUUGGUGACAAUGUUUGGAAGCAUACUAUAAUAUUAUUUACUUAUGGACACUGGUUGAGGGACAGACCGGUUGAGGAGUACAUUGCAUGUGAAGAAGAAGCUCUGCAAGACUUAAUUGACAGAAAGUGUGGCAACAGAUAUCAUGUGCUAAAUAAUGACUGGACAAAUAGACUUCAAGUACAAAGUUUGCUGAAGAUGAUAGAACAGACGGUGGCUAGAAACAGAGGUGAAUACUUCACUCUAGCAAAGAAAGUAAGCAAGCCAACAACAACAGAACAUCAGAUGUUUAAUGAGACCCUGGAAGAGGAGUGGAAAAAACACGAAGAUGAACUCAUAGAGAGGAUGCUGGAGGCAGCAACAGUGGAUCUCAACAAAGAAUCCGAGCAGUUAUAUCACAAACGAAGAGGAAGCAUUGAAUGUUCAAUUCCCAAUAUGAGUGGAGAUUCACUGUUAGAUGGAACCAGUUCAUUUGGAGCUGAUACCCUUGAUCCUACUCACAAAGUACAUCAAUGGCUCAGACCAAAACAUGCAGCAUCAUCUGGACACGGCACCAUGAGCACAACAUCAAGUUUUCAAGAUCCAAACAGGGAAUGUCUGAAAGAUGAUAUUCCAAUUCACAAACACAAUCCAGUUUACAUGGACAGUCAGAAAUAUUUCAAUAACAUGACAGAGCAAAAGCAUACAAGAUCAUUUUCAUUUUAGACAUUACCCAUUUAUGUCCCAGGGGUUGAUGAUGAAAGAAAUUGUAAUAUUUUUAUUUAAAGUCAAAAUUGAAAUUGUAAUGAAUGGGGUGCCCAAACAAAAUUCUUGAGGGCCACUGUCCUAUACUGUCAACUUGCAAACAUCUUGCUAAAAGCUUUGAUAGCUUUUUUCAAUGAUAAAGUUAGUUAUUUUGUAACCCAGAUAUCAACACUUCGGGUUCGAGCGUUCGCUGGUGUCUCUGACUGCCGCAGAUCCCGUUUUUUUCAGACCAUGUGCUAUUUGUGUUUGAAUGUGUUUUCGUGUCUCCUUCUUCCCCUAUGCUCUCAGCCUGUUUUCUUGUCUUCUUAAUCCUUCGACGGCAAGCUUAUUUUCAGAGCAUUUUCAGGCAAAUUUGCAGACGCUGACCUUUUUGGAAAUCUAAACACUGAUGAGAUGGUGGAGGUUUUUGCUAAGUCUUGCCAUAUCUGCUUAGAUUCCGCUGCUCCCCUUCUGCCUAGGCAAGAAAAGGGAAAGGGCUCUGCUCAGCCAUGGUUAAAUGGUAUUACCCUCACUCUUAGACAAGAGUGUCAUAAGGCUAAUCGAAAAAGGAAAAAAUAUCAAAUCCAGAUCUCGUAUGAGUGUUUAAUUGCUUCCUUAACUAGCUACCAGAAGACAGUCAAAGAGGCAAAGUCUCUAUUUAUUUUUAAUCUUAUCAAUGAAAAUGCGAACCAACCACAGAUGCUGUUUAAGACAAUAGAUUCUGUAUUAAAUCAUCUUCCUGCCACCAAAGUUGUGAGAUUGCUUUGAAUUUUUUUGUAAAAAAAAUACUGGAUAUUACGGCUGCUAUUAAACCAUUAUCUUAUGGUACUCCCUUGAGCGACUUGACGACUGAUCCGCUUACUUGUUUUCACCCUGUGUCCUCUGCAAGUUUGAUGAUAUCCUGGCUCGCCUUUUUAAGCAAGUGUUUGCAACUUUAAGUCCGACUGUAUUAGCUAUCAUUAAUAUUUCUUUAGCAAACGAAGUGGUUCCAUCAAGUUUUAAACAUGCAGUAGUCCACCAUCUGCUGAAGAAACCGAAUCUUGACCCCUCCAUUCACAGUAAUCUUAGAUCCAUUUCGAAGCUGCCUUUUAUCUCGAAACUUUUAGAGUCGUCUUUUCUGAGUAAAAUUCCUUUAUCAACUUGUCUAAUACAUUAGAUACUUUAAGAUACUUUUAGAUCGAUGCACAGUAUGGAAACCCCAUUGUUGAAAGACAGUAAUGAUCUGUUACAACUUCUCGAUGCUGGCCCAUGUGUGGUGCUAGUCCAAUUGGACCCCUGUGCUGCCUUCGAAACCAUCGAGCAUAACAUUUUGGAACAUAGUCUGGAAUAUGUGGUGGGUAUACAGGGGGUCGCAUUGUAGUGGUUGGCCUCCUGAUGGAUAGAACCUUGUUAGUGAGCGUUGGGAAGUUCUCUUCUCGGACAGUUCCCUUGUCAUACGAUUUUCCCCAAGGGUCAAUUUUAGGCCCUUUACUCUUCUCACUGUAUAUGUUGCCCCUGGGUGCCAUUUUUAAGAAAUAUAAGAUAUCGUAACACUGUUAUGCGGAUGAUACGCAGUUUUAUCUUCCUGCUAAGAUUGAUAAAUGCGAUCCUUAGACAUGCUCUCUUACUGUUUUGAAGAGAUAAAAUGCUGGUUGACUAAUCAUUUCUUGCAAUUAAAGGAAAGCAAAAAUGAAAUUCUGAUUGUAGGACAACCUAGGCCUAUAACUGUUACUGGUUUCGGUUCUCUCUCUGCUAGUGUUCAAACUCAUGUAAGAAAUCUCAGGUUUGUAUUUGAUUCAUUGUUGAAUGUUGAGAAACAGAUUACACCGUAGUGAAGGGAAGUUUCUUCCAUUGUAGAUUAAUCACAAAAUUAAAAAAGCUCCAUUCCCAUUAAAGAUUCGGAGACCGUAAUCCAUGGCUUCAUAACAUGGACUACUGCGACUCCCUUUAUAGCGGAUUGCCUAAAAGAGUGAUCUCCCGUCUGCAAUUUUUUCAAAAUGCUGCAGCGAGGCUUGUCACUGGUUAAAAAAGAGGGAUCAUAUCACUCCAAAUUUAGCAUCCACAUUGGCUCCCAGUACAGUUAAGAAUUCAUUUUAAAAUUGCUGUUCUUGUAUACAAAGCUUUGUGUCUUUCAUGAUCUUCUGAUUCUCUUUUCUCCUCAAAGGGCUCUUAGAUCUGGUAAUCAGUCUCUUUUAAUAAUACCUUAUUGUCGCUGCAAAACAAAAGAUGGGCGUGUCUUCUCUGCUACAGCUCUCAGGCUCUAGAAUAGCUUGCGUAUUAAUGUGAGGCUAGCCCCUUCACUAGCAAGUUUUAAAUCUGCUAUUAAAUUUUAUUUAUUUUCUCUAGCGUUUGAUUAAGAACAGUGGUUUUGAUGUAAAAUAUGCUUUAUGCUCUGUU